AUGACAAAUUCAGCCCCAGUAGCUUUAGUUUCCACUACGGUAACUUCCUGUGCCCAUAAUGGGCUUGUUCGACCGUCGUCAACAACAGUCACGUCACCUGAAACUGGGCCGAACGUUUCGGUGAUUUCUCACAGGUCGACGAGUAGCUCAAGCGUUGGACCUGCAUCCGGUGCCACUUCGAGACAGCAACUCGCUGGGCUGAGUAGUCGAGGCGUUUUGUCUCGAGAACAAAAGAAGUCUGAGACGAGUUCCGCAAUUACAACUACUGCUCCCAGCACUACAAACAAUUCUAAUAUUGUUGGAUCAAGUCGGCUACCUAGUCUGUCAAAUUCGGUAAGACUCACUAAUCCAUGCAGCCCUAAUUUCUAG